GCCGUCACCAUGGUGACCAGGCCGCGGCCUUGUCUCCUCCUGCCGCCGCCGAAUGGAGCCGGGAUCGCCGCGGCGGCGGCGGCGGCUGCUGCUUGUCGGCUUCUUGCUGCUGCUGCUGCUGCCGGCUUCCCAAUUCACGGCAGUCCUGACUCCCGCCCCCGCCGCCGCCGCCGCCGCCACCCCUGAGCCCCCCACCUGGGCAACCGGCCGAGACGAGGAGGAGGCCACGACGCCGGAGGAGCCCGAGGGGGGCCUCAUCGGCUCGGGGGCGCCCACGGCGGAGCUGCCUCCUCGCUCCCUCCCCGGACCCAGCCGGGCUCCUCCUGCCGCAAGCGAAGAGAGCCCCACUGCUGCGGGAUCCAGCCCGGGCCCCAGGAGCAGCAGCCCCCUAGCAACCGCCAGCCCCAGGACCCCCAGCUCCUCGGGGCCUCCCGAAACGACGACGCGUCCCGGCCCCUGGCCCGCGCCAGUAGUGGACGUGGCUAAAUUAUGUGUCUGCGACCUCCUGGUGGACCAAUGCGAUGUCAACUGUUGCUGUGACCCUGUCUGCACUCCUGCGGAUUUCAGCCUCUUCACUGCUUGCUCAGUUCCUGUUGUCACAGGUGACAGCCAGCUCUGCAGGCAGCAAGAAGCUCUCUAUUCAAUAGACCUGGCAGCACACCCUCCCCAGAGGAGAUUGGAAUUAGCCGAGAAGGUCAACCCCAGCAUUUUCUGCAUUCAGACCGCCAACUACCAAGCUGCGCUGUCCUUCCAGCUCCCUGAAAUACCCACUUCACAUAAUUUUGAUAGGUUACUUCAAGAAUCUGGCGGUGCUGCCUUGGGUACCCAAGCCAACCUUGUGUUGGCCGUUGAAUCGGAAACCCAGCGUGCCAUUGAUGCAAACGAAACCAGCAGAUACGAGUUUAAGGAUCCUAUACAGACAUUGGAUGGGUUUCUGAAGCUUCCAGCUCCUCUCAUUGGCUCCCAGUGUGCUGACAGUAACCCUGCAGGGUUUCUGCUAAACCAGGCUGUGAAAUGCAUCAGGAUGCUCCACUUGAAUGACUGCUCUGCCAUUCCAGCUCUCAGCAUGGGAUUCUAUACCAAUUCCAGCAUUCUGGCUGUACCAAAAUCAAGUCAAACGGUCAAGAUCGCUAUCCAGUCCAUCACCAGACAGGCUCCAGGGGGGCUGCUCACACGCCUGCCCAGCACUGAGGUCCUGCUGCACCCCACGUUACAGGAUCAGUCCUGCAUCAAUGUCGUUUUCGAGGCAAGUUAUUUUCUUACCUUCACAGAAGCAGGUGAAAUAACCAGCGCAGCUGUGUCUUUCGUGCUGGGGACCGUUAACCAAACAACAGUUUCCAUGCAUCAGAACUUUGCAAUCAGUUUUCUUCAGCAAGAUACUCGGCCCAUUCCUCUCAGUGGAAACCCUGGUUAUGUUGUUGGACGACCAAUUAAAGCUGGAAUUAGAUCACCUGGCUCCGGAGUCAUUCAAAGUGCAAACGACGAUGGCCAGCUUACCAUGAUGAAAAGCACAUCUGCUCAAGACUGUUUGGCUGUUGAAGGAGUCAGAACCCCUGUGUUGUUUGGGUACAACAUGAUGUCUGGAUGCCAACUGCGGGUUACCAAAGAUGCAGACUGCAGUCUUUUGGCCCCAGCCCUCCUGAACAUCCUGAAGGGACAGAAUUUCCCAGAUUGUGUGGCCUCUUUUGGAAAUUCUCUGCCCCAGAAUGGCCCAGACUGGGUACAAGUUUACAACAAUGUCACUAAACCGAGCACCUGUGAAAUUCCAGUGUCGUUUGAAGUAGAAGUGAAAUGGACUAAAUAUGGCUCUUUAGUGAACCCUCAAGCUAAAAUUGUGAGCGUGACGGCAACAGUGCAGACAUCUGCCUUGCCCCAGGUCAAGGCAGGAAGCGAAACAACGAUCCAGAUCAUGAGCGUCGCUACUUUCACUGACAUCUCUGCAGCUGCUGAGCCGGGUUACAAAGCUCGACCGACCAUCGAGGCCAAGUUGCCCUUUGACUUUUUCUUUCCAUUUGUUUAGAGGAAGUGUGGAGGCAUUGAGGAGGUGUGGGGAUCAUUUUUCAGGCUAGCUGGGCAGUGAGACUGAGGCGAGCUUUGCACAAAGGAGGUGAGCUGGUCCCAAGAUUGGGCACUUCUGAUGGUCGCAAAGCUGAAGGGAGGUGUGGUGGUGGUGGGAGCUCCUAAUGGAGGCAAGGUGGACCAUGGUAGGGCUGGGAUGGAGAGAAGAGCCCUGCCUCUCUCUUCCAUAGACCCAGCCAUCUCACCUGCCAUCACGGACUUAGGCACUAGACACUUCUACUGUCUAGAGGACAUUUUUUAGAUGUUCAUUUCCCCUUCAGCUGGAAAACCCAGACUUUCCUCCUCACUCAUGUAACACAGAAAGAGCCACCACCUUUGGAACUGCAGCGAAAUGUUCCAGGAGAGCGCCAUGUGCCAAGAUGGCCGUGUUUCUCCUUGUGCCACCGGAAGGCUCUCCACUUCCUCCACCACGCGCCACCAUGCACCUCCAUAUCCCUUCACCUGUCUUUUGCUGGUGCUGUGCCGCCACCACCGGUGACGGCUUCUAGAACACCCACAUCCACCAUGCCGAUUCUACCUGCUUCCAGGAGACAGCGUUGUUCUACAACUGCUGCUUUAUAAUCUCAAGACAGGCCCCGCCGCCCAAGUUUGAGAUCCUUAUUUAUGGGAGCUUGGUGGGCAGGACAACCAUACGUUUCAAUCGGCUUGUAUGCUUCCAGUUUUCAUUUCCAACAGGGAGCAAAGGCUGCAGUUUCAGCCUUCCCUUCCCACAGAAUAACCUGCCAAACCUAGAGGGAGAAAUUCAGUUUAGUCUUAUCUAGCUAAUCGGCCCGUUAAGUCCAGCCCCCAGAGAUUUUACCUGCUUCAGGGCUGUAGCUACAAUUGAAGAAAGGGGGACAAGUGUCCCUGGCCCCCGGGGCGGCAGUGGGCGGGGGGAGAGGGCAAUGCCUGGGUCACACGCCUCUCUAAAGAAAGCAGGUGCCAAACUUCAUGUUUUGUCCCAGGGUCCCCUCCAACUUUGCUACACCCCUGACCUGCUUUCUCUUUUUUGCCCCCAUCUGCUGACCCAGAGGCAAUGGAGGAUGUACGAAGAGUGGGAAAACCAGGAGGGGAAGAUAUUUUGCUUUUUUAAAAAAAAUCCCUAGUUGUCGAAGAAGUGAGAGCAGAAACCUGAGAAGUGGGAAAACUGCAUGUCUGCGCCCCCAGGAGCUGUCUGCAAAACCCCUCUUGCCCAUUUCAUUUCUCCAGUUUGGCUGGGGGGGGGACGGGACCUCGGCAGUUAUUCCAGAAACCAAGGGCUGUGCUUGGGGGUUAGGAAGAAAUUCUGUGUGCUUCCAACAGCAACACUUUGCUUGCGCUGCAGACUUCUUGCGGGCACUACAGCCAGCAAUGUUUUGAAAGUAAACAAGUCCAGCCUGUUGUACAGAAUUGAUUUUAUUAAAUUAAUGUUUACCUAUUUUUUUUAAACUGUACAGCUAUACAAUUAAAGAUGUGGGAAUGGU